AUGGCAAUGGCUGUCCUUUGCCCUCUUCCUGCAAACCUGCCCUCCGCUGGAAUAACCAGAAUGCCCCGCUCUGUUCUGACCAGGGACUUCAGGAUGCGGGUUCCAUAUGAGCUGAAGCAAGAUCAGUCCCGUCUUUUCCACAAUCUCCCUUCUGGUUUGGAUAUGGAAGUUAUCUUCCAGAGGGGGCGCGACUGCAGAAACCCAGAUAAGAGAAGAGAGAGAUCUGAAAACCCAGCUCUGGUUUUCGUCCACGGAAGCUUUCAUGCUGCCUGGUGCUGGGCCGAGCACUGGUUGCCCUUCUUUUCGCAGAAUGGAUACGACUGCUAUGCACUCAGCUUGCUGGGUCAGGGUGAAAGUGAUGCCCCUGCUGGUCCAGUUGUGGGUACGCUGCAGACCCAUGCUGCAGAUGUUGCUGAUUUCAUAAAGAACAAAAUCAGAUCUCCACCGGUGUUGCUUGGGCAUUCUUUUGGAGGGCUAAUUGUUCAGUCAUAUGUUGCAAAUAUAAGAAGUGGACAAAUGUCAGAAAGCUUGCACCCAGAUCUUUCUGGUGCCGUGCUUAUCUGCUCAGUGCCCCCUUCCGGUAAUAGUGGAUUAGUGUGGCGUUAUCUCUUUUCCAAGCCUAUUGCUGCUUUUAAGGGAUCCUCGUCCUUAUCCAAAGGCGAAGAAAAUGACCUGGAAAGCCAUAAUGUAACUCAAGACAUGAACAAUCAAAAGCUAAUGACAGAAAGCUCGAGGAUGCCAUUAUUUGAUCUGAGGAAGCUUAAUGCAUCACUUCCCGUUCCUUCAUCGCCAGAGGGUUCCAUUAAUAUUCUUGUUAUCGGUGCAAGUGAUGACUUCAUCGUGGAUGCUGAAGGCUUGAGGGAAACAGGGAGGUUUUAUGGUGUAUCUCCGGUCUGCAUUGAAGGUGUCGCCCAUGACCUUAUGCUGGAUUGUUCAUGGGAAAAAGGUGCAAGCGCCAUCUUGUCCUGGCUCAGUGGUUUGAGUUAA